AUGGCUGAGACUUGGCUCACUCCAGAUAUCUUGGACAGUGAACUUACUAUCCCACAUUUCAAGCUACAUCGGAAGGAUAGAUUGCAGCAACGUGGUGGUGGUGUUGGGAUAUACUGCCAUGAAUCUGUUCUUGCGCGAAGACGAACUGACUUGGAGACUGACUUAGAGCUGCUGUGGAUAGAAGUUAGCGUUUCCAGUGGCAUAGUGCUGGUUGGAUGCUGUUAUCGUCCACCAGACAAACCUGUAGCAUUCUGGACCUCCCUGGAGUCCAACCUAGACGCAUCAGUUCAUGCACCAGGAAAGAAGGUUCUGGCAACUGUCAUGCUGGGUGAUUUCAACGUUGAUAUGAAAAUGAACCAGUCACCCAUGGCCAUACGAGUAACUGACUUGUUUAACAAAUUUGGUAUGACAAAUUAUGUGUCUUCACCAACACGUGCCACCACCCUUACUGAGUCAAUCAUUGAUCUCUUCCUAUCAACUUGCCUGCUGACGGGACCUUGUGAGAUAGCCUACCUAGACAUUAGUGACCACUUUGCAGUACUUGGGAAUCUCUCUGUGGCAGGGUUUGCACCAGGCCGUACUUCCAGCUACAGACCUACACGCCGCAUCCAUAAGAUAAACUGGGACACCUUCAACAGCGAUCUCAGUGUAGAGCAGGCCUCUCUGCUCGCCAUAGAUGAUGUCAACACCCUUGCAUCAUCUUUCAUCGCCUCCAUAGUGUCAACAUUGGAUAAGCAUGCACCCGUGCGGAUGAGGCGAAAUCGGGAUAGACGUCCCUGCCCGUGGGUAUAUGAUGAUGAACUUGUGGCCUGCGUACGGGAGCGAGACAGACUCCAUCGACUGCUCAUGAAGAACCGCUGCAAUGAUGAUCUCCACAGUCAACACCGCACUGCUCGUGCCAAGACCAGGAAGCUGGACAGGAGCCUGAAGAACACGUAUUUCAUCCAGCAGUGCCAGACUUCUGACCAACGUAAACUUUGGUCAGUCAUCAAUACUGUGGUUGGCCGGAAGAAACAAUCGCACACUGCUCAAGUACCCAUAUCGGAUCUUAGCAAGCUGUUUGGUGACGUUGUCCAUGAUCCCCAGCGUCCUCCUCAGCUCUGUUCUCCCUCUGGUCCAAUGGCGGAAGGGGCAUUUACCGACUUCAGUGUAGUGACAGUCGAGGAUGUGGCAAGCAGUUUGAAAUCUGUCAACCCUUUCAAGGCAACAGGCAGUGACCAAGUUCCAAGCAUCAUCCUGCAAAAGUGUUAUCCAACCAUUGCCCCCAAACUUACACGCAUCAUUAAUAUAUCCCUCUCCUCCGGUGAGUUCCCCCUGUCCUUCAAGUUGUCCCACAUCAGUCCGCUCUUCAAGAGUGGAGACCCAACUUUGCCAAAGAACUACCGCCCUGUGUCACUGCUCCCAGUUAUCUCCCGCAUCACAGAAGUAUUUGUAAAAAAUCAGAUCACGCAGUACUUGGACUCCAAGCAACUUCUUCCGCCUACUCAGUUCGCCUACCGAAAGCUUCACUCCACAGAAGAUGCCUUAACGUAUGCUGUUGAUCGAUGGCAAAUGGCACGGGCAGAGCGCAAGUAUACCGGCAUCGUGUUUGUCGACAUGUCAAAGGCCUUUGACCGCUCAACGAUGCCUCCGGAUGUGGCAGAUCAGGAAUUCGCUGAUGACAUCGCUCUCGAUUGCUCCAACGCGUGUCCCAAGCAAGUCUGCGCGUCUCUGUCGUCUGCAGUGACCAACCUCGCCGAGUGA